AAUGUCAAUCAACGAAAAUCUGCUUUCUGCAACUCUUGUAGGAACCAACCUCGAAGCUUCCUAUUCUUCUUUCUUAAAUUGUCUCCAUUUAACCCUCUUUCUAAACCACCCUUAACCACACACACACCCCUCCCUCCAUCCUCAAUGUCUUCAGAUUCUCCGGUCAACCAGUGGCCCGAUGCCGAACUACAAGACUCCUCUAAAUCCUACGCCCUCUCGGGCCGAAUCAUGCUCUCCUCCAUCAUCAUCCUCUUCGUCGUCGUCAUCUUCCUCGUCUUCCUCCACCUCUACGCCCGUUGGUAUCUCGUUCGUAUCCAACAACGGCGUAACCGACAUAGCCGUCGUACCCGCUCCACGCGUAUCGUAUUCUACGUCGAAAACAAUCCCCCGCCAGCUUCCACUGGCGGGCUUGACGCUUCCGUAAUAAAAUCACUUCCGGUUUUCGUGUUCUCGUCGGAAACCGACGAGAACACACCCGAAUGCUCGGUCUGUUUGUCCGAGUUUGAACAGGGUGAAAAGGGUCGGGUUUUACCCAAAUGCAAACAUAGUUUCCACACCGAGUGUAUUGACAUGUGGUUUCAUAGUAACUCAACUUGUCCACUUUGUCGUUCGCCAGUUGAAGCAGUGGAAACCAUGUCGUUAGUUAACUCGACUGUGCUCGAACCCGGUUCAAGUACUUCGGUUCCACCGUCCGUACAAACAACGUCGUUAGUCGAAAGGACGAAACGAGUAAAUGACGUCAGAAUAGAUGUCCCCAACCGUACCGAGUUGUCGGCUGAGUCACAGCUGACGUCACCGAGUCAAGGGUUCUUGUCACCCGGAAGUAGGUUGUUGUCAAGGAUAAUCAACAUGAGUAGAAAAUCGCCGGCGGUGUCGCCGUCGUCAGGGGUCGGACCGAGUUGUGUACACCCAUUAGCAGCCACUGAGUUGGAUAUUGAGUCAGCGAGUCAAGAGUCAACUCGGCCAGGAAGUUUUAAGUGAAAUUACGAAAAUGGACAUGGUGGCGGCUAAGGUUAAGAAAUGUUAAGGUGGAUACACGUGGCGUGAUCUGAAAAGGGGUAUGUUGGUUCGUGAUGGUGUUGUUUCGUAGAGUGGCGCACAUUGGUUUCACAAAAAAAGUGUUUUGUGUUGUAGAUAUUUAUGGAUUUAUUCUUUUUUAGUAUAUAUUUUUUACUUUGUUAGACGACUAAAUUUUUUAACAGUUUAAGUGGACUUGUAUCUUAUUUUA